CUGACACUGAGAGGAGAAAUGGCGCAGAAAAGUGUUCAGCUGGACCGAGAAACCUUCUCUUGUUCGAUCUGUUUGGAUCUACUGAAGGAUCCAGUGGCUAUUCCCUGUGGACACAGCUACUGCAUGAACUGUAUUAAAAGCUUCUGGGACAAAGGGGAGAAUAAUUUCUACAGCUGCCCUCAGUGCAGACAGACUUUCACACCGAGGCCUGUCCUGGUGAAAAACACCAUGUUAGCAGUUUUAGUGGAGCAGCUGAAGAAGACUGGACUCCAAGCUGCUCCUGCUGAUCACUGCUAUGCUGGACCUGAAGAUGUGGCCUGUGAUGUCUGCACUGGAAGAAAAAUGAAAUCCUUCAAGUCCUGUUUAGUCUGUCUGGCAUCUUACUGUGAGAAACACCUUCAGCCUCAUUAUGAUUCACCUACAUUCAAGAAACACAAGCUGGUGGAGCCCUCCAAGAAGCUCCAGGAGAACAUCUGCUCUCGUCAUGAUGAGGUGAUGAAGAUGUUCUGCCGUACUGAUCAGCAGAGUAUCUGUUAUCUCUGCUCUGUGGAUGAACAUAAAGGCCACGACACAGUCUCAGCUGCAGCAGAAAGGACUGAGAGGCAGAGAGAGCUGGAGGUGAGUCGACAAAACAUCCAGCAGAGAAUCCAGGACAGAGAGAAAGAUGUGAAGCUGCUUCAACAGGAGGUGGAGGCCAUCAAUCAGUCUGCUGAUCAAACAGUGGAGCACAGUGAGAAGAUCUUCACUGAGCUGAUCCAUCUCAUCCAGAAAAGAAGCUCUGAUGUGAAGCAGCAGAUCAGAUCCCAGCAGGAAACUGAAGUGAGUCGAGUCAAAGAGCUUGAGGAGAAGCUGGAGCAGGAGAUCACUGAGCUGAAGAGGAAAGAUGCUGAGCUGAAGCAGCUCUCACACACAGAGGAUCACAUCCAGUUUCUACACAACUACCCCUCACUGUCAGCACUCAGUGAGUCUACAGACUCAUCCAGCAUCAAUAUCCGUCCUCUGAGGUACUUUGAGGAUGUGACAGCAGCUGUGUCAGAGGUCAGAGAUAAACUACAGGACAUUCUGAGAGAGGAAUGGACAAACAUCUCACUGACAGUCACUGAAGUGGAUGUUUUACUGUCAGAUCCACCAGAGCCAAAGACCAGAGCUGGAUUCUUAAAAUAUUCGCGUGACAUCAUCUUGGAUCCAAACACAGCACAAAAACGGCUGUUAUUAUCAGAGGAGAACAGAAAAGUAACAAACAUGGAUCAACAACAGUCUUAUUCUGAUCAUCCAGACAGAUUUACUUUUUGGUGUCAGGUCCUGAGCGGAGAGAGUCUGACUAGACGUUGUUACUGGGAGGUGGAGUGGAGAGGGAGAGUUGAUGUAGCAGUUGCGUACAAGAAUAUCAGCAGAGAAGGGAGAGGGAAAGAAAGUAACUUUGGACGUAAUGACAAAUCUUGGUCAUUAAAUUGCAACAAUAACAGUUAUAUAUUUUGGUACAACAACAUCCAAACUCCUGUCUCAGGUCCUCAGUCCUCCAGAGUAGGAGUGUACCUGGAUCACAGAGCAGGUAUUUUGUCCUUCUACAGCAUCUCUGAAACCAUGACUCUCCUCCACAGAGUCCAGACCACAUUCACUCAGCCGCUCUAUGCUGGACUUUGGCUUGGAGAGACUGCUGAGUUCAUUAAACUGAAGUAGACUGAAGUCUUUAAUAUUG